UUUCAGAGAGGAAAAUGGAGGUUUUAUCUUUAGCUGGGACAGUGUUUAUCGGAUACAAUCUAAUCCGAUUUAUUCUCUACAUUUCUAAGUUUGUCCGAACUCCUGUAGAUGUGAGGAAGUUGGGUGACUGGGCUGUUGUGACCGGCGCUACAGAUGGUAUUGGGAAAGGGUUCGCUAACAGGUUGGCGAGUCAGGGAAUUAAUGUUGUACUAGUGAGCAGGAGCCUCAGUAAACUGCAGGAUGUAGCUGGAGAGCUGGAGGAGAAGUAUAAGAUAAAAACUGUUGUUAUUGCUGUUGAUUUCACAGAACCGGAACUUGUCUACAACAAUAUCUCAGAGGGAAUAAAGAAUAUAGAAGGAGGUAUUGGACUACUGAUAAACAAUGUUGGUAUGGGAUAUGAACAUCCAGAAUAUUUCCUGGAGAUCGAGAACUGUGCUGAAGCGUGCAGGAAUAUGGUAAACUGUAAUGUCUCUUCUGUCCUCAAUGUUACACGAGCGGUUCUACCUUCAAUGGUUAACAGAGGAAAGGGUGCUGUAAUAAACCUCAGUUCCUUCUCCUCUCUACAAUCCACUCCUCUACUCUCCGUAUACUCUUCUACCAAGGCAUUCGUAAACCAGUUCAGUCAGGACUUAGAGAUUGAGUACAGGGGUAAGGGAAUAGUUGUACAGGCCUUGGCUCCUUGCUAUGUUGUCAGUAAAUUAUCUAAAGUUCGGAGUGCAUCUUUCUUUAUUCCCUCACCAGAAACUUAUGCCAAGUCUGCUCUGAAUACUCUGGGUCUUGAAACUAUCUCUACAGGAUAUUGGCCUCAUGAUCUCAUGCUCUUCGGGGUCAAUGUUCUGAGUGUUCUUGGUAUCCAGGGAUGGUAUGUGUUCAGUAAUCUGUCGCAGAUGAGAACUCGUGCUCUAAAGAAGAAAGCAAAAACUAAUUAGACGAUGGAUUUUCGUCAAAAUAGACGAUGCUUUGCCGGCCAACUAGACGAUUUGUUUACGCCGAGCCAAACGAAUUGAUAAAAAAGAUUUGAAUUUGUGAAAGAAAAUAUGUAAUAACCCUUAUGAAUGUUUGUAUGUAUGUACUCAUUAUGUAAUUGUUAAGAAAUUAAUUAUGCUUUUUUUUAUAAGUUACUUUUUAGUCAGUGUUUGACUCCUUAGUCAUUCUGUUAGUUUUAUAAUUAUCAUUUAACACUUUAGUGACGGCUGAAAUAUCU